AUGCUGCGAACUCUGCUAUCGCGUGUGUCGCCUCAGCUUCGAAGAGCCAGUUCUGCUCCUCCGGCCAUCAGUAAUGUUGAACCAAAGUUCACCAAACUCUUCAUAAACAACGAGUGGGUUGAUGCAGCUAGCGGGAAGACGUUCAAAACCUUUCAUCCAGCUACCAACAAGCUGAUAACUGAUGUUGCUGAAGCAGAUAAAGCAGAUGUGGACAAAGCAGUAAAGGCGGCUUCAGAUGCGUUUCGCCUUGGCUCACCGUGGCGCCGUAUGGAUGCUUCCCAACGCGGUGUUCUGAUGAACAAAUUGGCUGACUUAAUGGAGCGUGACAAGGUUUACCUCGCUUCUUUGGAAACACUCGAUAACGGAAAACCGUACGCUGAGUCAUUUUUUGCUGAUGUGACAUUGGCAAUCAAUUGCAUAAGAACUUCCUACUUACAGUGGAACUUUCCUAUCCUUAUGCAAGCAUGGAAACUCGGCCCAGCAUUAGCAAUGGGCAACGUUGUGGUUAUGAAACCAGCGGAGCAAACUCCACUCACUGCACUUCAUGUAGCCAGUCUUAUUAAAGAGGCAGGGUUCCCCCCAGGUGUUGUAAAUCUUCUCCCAGGCUAUGGGCCGACUGCCGGACACGCGAUAUCCAGCCAUCAAGAAGUGGAUAAAGUCGCCUUCACCGGUUCUACAGAAAUAGGGCGAAUUGUAAUGAGAGCGGCAGCUGAGAGCAAUGUCAAGAAAGUCACUCUCGAGCUUGGUGGCAAGAGUCCUAAUAUAAUUUUUUCUGACGCCGAUCUUGAUAGCGCCAUCCAUCUGGCGCACCUGGGCAUAUUCUUCAACCAAGGACAAGUGUGCUGUGCAGGAUCUCGAGUUUUUGUGGAGGGCAAGAUUUAUGACGAUUUUAUUGCACGCUCUAAAGAAUUAGCGGAGAAGAGGAAGCUAGGUAAUCCGUUCGAUUUGCAAACGGAGCAAGGACCUCAAAUAGAUGAGGAACAGCUGAAAACAAUUCAACGUUAUGUGGAGUCUGGUAAAAAGCAAGGGGCUCAGCUGGUCACUGGCGGAAAAAAAUGGGGCGACAAAGGUUUCUUCUUUGAACCAACCAUAUUUGCAAAUGUCAAGGAUGAAAUGGUAAUCGCCCAGGAAGAGAUUUUCGGACCGGUGAUGAGUGUCAUACGGUUUGAUUCCAUGGACCACCUUGUAGAAAUAGCAAACAAUACGAUUUAUGGUCUGGCAGCUGGUGUUGUGACAAAGGAUCUUGACAAGGCACUCUAUGUCGCCAAUAACAUCAGGGCAGGAUCGGUUUGGGUUAACUGCUACCACGCGUUUGAUGCAGCUGCUCCUUUUGGUGGAUAUAAGCAGUCAGGCAUCGGACGUGAGCUUGGUGAAUAUGGUCUCGAGGCGUACACGGAAGUGAAGACAGUAACCAUUAAAGUUUCACAGAAGAACUCUUAA